UGCAGGCCUAUUAUUAUCAUGUUUGGUAACAUUUUCCCAUGUAUUUAUUUUAAGAGUUUCAAUGAGUUGUAAAAAUGUCUCAGAACUCUGCUGAAUUCCCUCAAUUGAAGAGUGUAUUUCCGAGUGUCAAGAUGAAGAUAGCCGUGCUUGGAGCCACUGGACAGACGGGACAGUAUCUGGUGAACCAAGCUCUUCAGCAGGGACACGCUGUCACUGCCAUUGUCAGGAACCCAGGGAAAUUGACAGUGCAACAUGAGAAAUUAAAGGUGGUUGAGGGCAAUAUCUUCUCAGAAGACAGCCUUAAACUUCACUUCCAAGGACAAGAUGCAGUUAUAUCCUGCCUGGGGUUCCCUGCAUCCUUUCUCUCCGGAGUCACUGGAUACACCUUGUCUAUGAGGGCUGCAGUAAGUGCCAUGAGAGAGGCCAAAGUGAACCGCAUUAUCACCAUGACUUCAUGGUACACUGACCCUAACUCUGGCACACAGUCAUCUUACCUCAUCCGCUUCCUGCUGCUGCCAAUGAUCCGAAGUGUCCUUAGCAAUAUGUUUGAGAUGGAGCACUUUCUGAAGAAGACACAGGAUGUUAACUGGACAGUUGUCAGGCCGCCGGGUCUCAAGAAUUUACCUGCCACAGGUAAAGAGUUCCUUACCCACGAGGGCUACUUUGUUCCUGACUCCAAUGGCCUGCCUGUAGGAAGUGCUGUAGGAAGGGGUGAUGUGGCUCGUUUCAUGCUCUUCCUCCUCAACACCGAUGUCUGGUUCAACAAAGCGGUUGCCAUCACAACCAAAAAUGAAUGAAAUGUUAUCAAUGUUCUGUUUGUUUCAGCCUUUAAUUUUAAUAUUGUUUACCAUCUUGUGCUAUUUUCAUUAUUGUGAAUAUUUUAUGAAAUGUAUUUCUGCUGGGUUGAGCAAAAUGUGUCAAUGUUUUUAUUCCAUUUAUGAUAUGGAGUUUGUUACCCAAUGAAGACAAGCUAUAUUUUUGUGGCUUGGCAUGAAGCAAACAUUUAAAAUGGUAGAAAAAGUAAUUGAAGGUCUAGGGACUCUUUGAAAAAGAAAUUACAUAAUUUAAGUAUUUUGCACAAUUACAGUGCAUUCAGGAAGUAUUGAGACCCCUUGACUUUUUCCACAUUUUGUUACGUUACAGCCUUAUUCUAAAGUGGAUUAUAUAGUUUUUCCCCUCUGCAAUCUACACACAAUACCCCAUAAUGCCAAAUCAAAAACAGGUUUUUAGACGUUUUUGCAAAUGUAUAAUUUUUUUCAACUUAAAUAUCACAUUUACAUAGGUAUCCAGACCCUUUACUAAGUACUUUGUUAAGGCACCAAUUACAGCCUCAAGUCUUCCGGGGUAUGACUCUACAAGCUUGGCACACCUGUUUCUCCCAUUCUUCUGUGCAGAUCCUCUCAAGCUCUGUCAGGUUGGAUGGGGAGUGUCACUGCACAGCUAUUUUCAGGUCUCUCCAGAGAUGUUCGAUCGGGUUCAAGACCGGGCUCUGGCUGGGCCACUCAAGGACAUUCCGAGACUUGUCCCGAAGCCAAUCUUGUGUUGUCUUGGCUGUGUGCUUAGGGUCGUUGUCCUGUUGGAAGGUGAAUUUUCGCCCAGUCUGAGGUCCUGAGCACUCUGGAGCGGGUCUUCAUCAAGAACCUGUCUGUACUUUGCUCCGUUCAUCUUUCCCUCGAUCCUGACUAGUCUCCCAGUCCCUGCCGCUGAAAAACAUCCCCAUAGUAUGAUGCUGCCACCACCAGGCUUCACCAUACGGGAUGGUGCCAGGUUUCCUCCAGACGUGACACUAGGCAUUCAGGCAAAAUAAUUCAAUAUUGGUUUCAUCAGACCAGAGAAUCUUGUUUCUCAUGGUCUGAGAGUCUUUAGGUGUCUUUUGGCAAACUCCAAGUGGGCUGUCAUGUGCCUUUUACUGAGGAGUGGCUUCCGUCUGGCCACUCUACCAUAAAGUGCUGAUUGGUGGAGUGCUGCAGAGAUGGUUGUCCUUCUGGAAGUUCUCCCAUCUCCAUAGGGGAGCUCUGUCAGAGUGACCUUCGGGUUCUUGCUCACCUCCCUGACCAAGGCCCUUCUACCCCGAUUGCUCAGUUUGGCCAGGCGGCCAGCUCUAGGAAGAGUCUUGGUGGUUCCAGACUUCUUCCAUUUAAGAAUGAUUGAGGCCACUGUUCUUGGAAACCUUCAAUGCUGCAGACAUAUUUUGGUACCCUUGCCUAGAUCUGUGCCUCGACACAAUCCUGUCUCGGAGUUCUACAGACAAUUCCUUCGAACUCAUGUCUUGGUUUUUGCUCUGACAUGCACUUUCAACUGUGGGACCUUAUAUAGAUAGGUGUAUGCUUUUCCAAAUCAUGUCCAAUUAAUUGAAUUUACCACAAGUGGACUCCAAUCAACUGUAGAAACAUCUCAAGGAUGAUCAAUGGAAACAGGAUGCACCUGAGCUCAAUUUCAAGUCUCAUAACAAAGGGUCUAAAUACUUAUAUAAAUAAGGUAUGUUUUUUUAUAUUUAAUAAUUUAGCUAGAAUUUCAAAAAAAAUGUUUUUGCUUUGUCAAGGGGAUUCUGUGUAGAUUGAUGAGGGGAAAAAUGUAUUUUAUCAAUUUUACAAUAAAGCUGUCUGGGGUCGCAAUACUUUCCCGAAUGCUCUGUAUGUUCAUGGUAAAUCUGCACUGUGAAGGUGUUGUCAAAAAUUAUUGUUACCACAUGGGGGCAUUACCGUAUCAUAAACUGUCAUCAUUACCGUGAGGAUACAACUUUUUGGACUCACUUGAUAUGGUGUAAAAUAGCAUAUUUUCCAUUUUGUAGUUGUUCAUCAUUAAUGCUAGUCAGAUAUUAUUGAUUAAUUGAAUACUGUAAUACGUUAACACAUUUUGAACAUAAUUAACAAAUGUUUGCCCAGGUAGGUCAGCAUUCUGCGUGUAGGUGUGUAAUUGACCAAAGGUUCCGGGUGCAGGUGUGAAUAUCGGUCAGUAAGGAGCUCACUGUUCUGUCAAAGGAUCAUUUGAUUGACCCAUUACAUAAAAUCAUAAAUUGUUGGGGAGAUUUGGCUUAUAUUCAACCUCAGAGAGAAGUCAGUUGCCUAUCUUGCUGUAAGCCCCUAUGGGAUUUAACUUUGUGCAAUCAGUAUGCAGCCAUCAGCAACUUUUCCCCACUAAUAAAUUGUGAAAUGACUUUGA